ACCCUGCCCUUGAAGAACCCACGACCAAGUUUCUGGCAGUGAUAGGCUACACUUCGUCUCACCCCGUUCUCGUUUGACCUAGACAUGCACCCCAUCUUGGGGCGCAUUACCAUUGGCUUCGUGCUAUUUCUCAUCCUUUUCCCCAUCUUAACUUGCCAGAUCUUCAUUAUAUGGCCCUGGUAUGGCCGUGAGCUAUCCGUAGAGCUUAUAACUCUCCUUGUGCCAUUCAAUGGUCUCGCUGGGAUGCUACUCUGGAACUACUACCUGUGUAUAUUCACCGAUCCCGGGCAUGUUCCGGAUGGUUGGAAACCGGACACGCAAUCAGGCGAAGGGUACGAGGUUAAAAGGCUGACGGGUCGCCCUCGCUACUGCCGUACCUGCGAAAAGUACAAACCUCCAAGGUCUCAUCAUUGCCGACAGUACCACCACUGUCCUUGGGUGAAUAACUGCAUCGGCCAUUUCAAUUAUGGACACUUUAUUCGUUUUCUCUUUUACGUGGAUGUUACUUGCUCGUAUCAUCUGGCUAUGGUCUCAUGCAGAGUCAUGGCCUCAUCUGGAAGACGGUACUAUGACGAGCCAACGGGCGCUGAUCUGAUCUUCAUCAUAUUGAACUAUGUUUUCGUUGUCCCCGUGAUCCUUGUAGUUGGAGCCUUCAGUCUAUUGGGUAAUACCACGACUAUUGAAGGCUGGGAGAAAGAUAAAGCUGCGAUGCUACGACGACACGGCAAGAUCGAAGAGGUUAAGUUCCCAUAUGCAAGUAUUUACUUCACGAAUCUCGGCGUUAGGCGUAAUAUUGCCUCAAUCCUCGGAAACAAUCCACUCUUGUGGUGUUUUCCAACCGUCCCUCCUGGAACUGGGCUUAGAUACCAGCUUUCAGUUGCUGAUGCUCUUCCCGAUAGUCCAUGGACAUACGAAAACGGCGAUGUCAAUCCCAAUCUGCUACCGUCAAGUGGUAAGCUACGUGCUGUCAACGGCAACCGGCAUAAAGAUCCUGUUUCUGCUUUGCCACCGUACCACCCAGAUUACCAGGAUCCUGGAGUCGAUGCCUAUCCUGAACGACCAUAUUCUCCUGAUAGUGAUGCGGGGUAUUCAGAAGAUGGAUACUCUGGAGCCGUCAAGACGCGUCGGGGCUCGGAGGGGUACGAGGCGCGCCCCGUAAAUCGGGAACAGAUGUUUCAAGAAUACGUGCAGAGCCAGAUCAAUGAGGCUGGUCGAUACCAAGUGUAUGAGCCUGAACACUCUCUAGAGGGUGACGAGGAUUUUGAGGAGGAGGAUUUCGAGGAGGAAGAAGAAAACGAAACAGAAAAAGAUGAGCUAUCUGCGGAGGUCGGGGAUGCUGGGACAUUCUCGGACGAUGACGUUCCUCUCGCAUUACGGUGAUGGCUAUUGGACUUUAUAUCAUGCUGCUCACUAAGGACUUUGGGAAACGGACUGUGUAUUGCAUUACAAGCGAGAUUAAUAGAAUAUAGGU